AGAGAGUGUAAAACUGGACGCAGCUCGAACGACAUGUGUCUCGUCUCUUCUCCAUCGCUCCUCAUCGAAACGGACCUUUCUGACGAGUCGAAUUCGCGUAGAAUUCUGUACUAGUAAUUUAACGAACAAACGAAAGCAUGGAUCUCUUGAGUCUCACAUUUCGGUCCCUCGAAUUGAGGGACACCACGAGUCAACAAGAGGACUUCCUCGAUUUGGAUCAAGGAAACACGGUGGAACUCGAGGAGACCGUGACGGAAUCUCGACGAAGAUCGUGGCAGAACAAAGAGGAACAGCGACGUACGAGCAGAGACGAACAGAAGUUGUUGAAGAUCAUCAACUUGGACGAAGUCGCUUGGCACGACACUGCCGACAAUUGUUGGAUCGUCGUUCAUGAUUUCGUGUACGAUUGCACGGAUUUCCUGAAGAAUCAUCCGGGUGGAUCGGACGUUGUCCUCGAGUACGCUGGCAGGGAUGCGACUUUGGCUUUCAUAGGCACUGGACACUCUAGCGCUGCUAGACUCAGCCUGGAAAGGUAUCUGAUCGGUGAACUUCCGCCGGAAGAGAGGAUCUUCCGCGUACCGAAUGGUGUCAAGAUCGUUGAAUUUUAAUACGUUCGUCGUGUGCCGCAGAAUAUAACCUCAGACCAUCUAACUCGCGGUAUCGCGUGGUAGGCACUUAAGAGUUAAACGAGGUAAACGAGGACUGAUUCUUUUUUUGAACAUUAAUCGAGAAUGUUUUGGGUUUUGCCUGGACUUGGUGUAACGUAGUGUCAUCGUAGUGUUUUCAUAAUUUAUACUUUGAUUGUUGAAAGACACUUUGAGAUAUAGUAUCUGAAUUUUGUAGGAAUUUUCUCAAUAUUUGGUGGAUAGAUAAUGAGAAAGAUUGAAGUUCAAGCCAACGGAUCUGAUUCCGUGUCACUGCCGUCCCUUCGCAAUUACAUAUCACAACUGUGCAUAUAUGUUAAUUAUAAGUUAGACCUUUGAUGUAUAUACACGUUCACGAAAAUGGAAUGCUAGGUACAAAAUGGCUACAUUUACAAAAGAAUGACCACGAUCGGUGGCAGUUAGUUUUGUAAACGAAGCGUGCAAUUUAUACUUUGUUUAAUUAUCAACCAGGAGGAUUUUAAUUUGCAAUUUCGUUGUCGGACGAUUACGAAAGCCUAAUUGUCUGAGUCAUGCCCUCGUUUGAUCAACAAAUGGAAUUUCAUUGAUAUGCGCUAAGCGUUGAACAUUUCAGCAAUCGAGAGACGCGUCCACGUGCAAUAAGUAGCUUUAAUCAGGCUCGCGUAACGCCGAUAUACGAGGAAUAAACGACGAAAAAAAAUGACGUUCGAUCGUUGCGAAAUACGGUGAGAUUGUGAAUAUAAAUUGCAUAUAAAUUUUUCAAACUCGAUCGAUAUUUGUUUUUCAAGUUGUAAUUUUAAGAUACAACUACGUCAAAUUAUGCACAUGUAGCUCGAUUGAAAAAAAAAAUAGAGUUGACCUUUAAAUCUCCAAGGAUCCUCCACCUAUGAACAAAUAAUUACCGCCUUGUUACGACCUGCUCGAUGCCGAAAAAGUUUUCUGAAUAAAAAUAUCAUUUUUUUUUUUUUUUCGGUCGAGUAAGUUAAUCGAACUAUCGUGAAUUAGCAACAUCUAUUUAUUUUUUUUUAUUUUCAGUCAAGCAUUCUCGCGUUUGGCGUUGCAAAUCGGUUAUAAAGUUAAAAUGGUGUUAAUGAGCACAGGUAUAUUGAAUGCGUCGAGUUUCCUGGAUACUCUAUGAUACUCGAGAAUUUUGAGAACGACUUUUCGAGAGCACGGUCCCAAUUGAAUCAACGUGUUACACGAGAAACUGUCUGGUCUAUUGCUAGAGGUGUUUCAUUCUUUAAUUAGACACCGUGAAAUUAGAUACGUUCAGUGUGUCUGCGGUUGCGGACUGAGGUAUUUAAGUCACGCCCUCGCGAUCAUUUUACACCGUUUCAUCUGUUCGCAUCUUUCUACUCGAGAUUUCGAAUAAUUAUGAUGAUUAUAAUAAACUG